AACAGAAGGCGCUACUGUUUCGGAUGCUGAAGAUGUUAUGAUGAAUCAGAGACUGGUUAAAAAAGGAUGCUAAAUUUAGUCUGGAAAGUGUUUAAUUUAUAGAAAUUAAUGCAAUGUCUACCAAUAAUCUAAAAUAUUCAAAUAGACGCAAAAAACAUAUUGGAUUUACGCGUUAUCAACACAUGGUUUUGGGUGGAAAUUGGAAAAUGUAUUCCGGUGAAUUGUAUUGAUCUGUUAUAUGUUAAUGACAGUGGUUCUACUUGGGAAAUUUAUGUGGCAUUUUAUUAAGUUUUCUUAUAAACGUUUUAUGAUACAAUGUCAAGGUCCACGCGGAUGUCACUUCACAGAGACGAGCAGUAUGUUGGACCAUAUAAGCUGGAGAAAACACUUGGAAAGGGCCAAACAGGUCUUGUGAAGCUUGGUGUUCAUUGUGUGUCAGGAAAACGUGUAGCCAUAAAGAUUGUCAAUAGAGAGAAACUUAGUGAAUCUGUCUUAAUGAAGGUUGAAAGAGAAAUAGCCAUCAUGAAGCUUAUAGAACAUCCACAUGUGCUAGGACUAUUUGACGUAUAUGAAAACAAAAAAUACUUAUAUCUGGUACUAGAACAUGUGUCUGGUGGAGAAUUAUUUGACUAUCUGGUGAAGAAAGGUCGGCUCACACCAAAAGAGGCACGGCGGUUCUUCAGACAAAUUAUCUCAGCUUUAGACUUCUGUCACAGUCAUAACAUAUGUCACCGUGAUCUCAAACCAGAGAAUUUACUUCUGGAUGACAAAAAUAAUAUACGGGUAGCUGACUUUGGUAUGGCAUCAUUACAAGUGGAAGGAUCCAUGUUAGAAACUAGCUGCGGGUCACCUCAUUAUGCCUGUCCGGAGGUCAUAAGGGGAGAAAAGUAUGAUGGUAGAAGGGCGGAUGUUUGGAGUUGUGGUGUUAUACUUUAUGCAUUAUUAGUUGGAGCACUUCCUUUUGAUGAUGACAAUCUUAGGCAGCUUUUAGAAAAAGUGAAAAAAGGCGUAUUUCACAUUCCACAUUUUGUUCCGCCUGACUGCCAGAAUUUACUACGAGGGAUGAUAGAAGUAGACCCAGAGAAAAGAUUAACAUUAGAAGAUAUUCAUCGACAUCCAUGGGUGAUAGCGGGAUCAAAACUAGACUAUGAGAUGGAACUCCCUGUUAUACGAGCAGUACAGACUUCUAUUAUACCAGAUAUACAAGAUUUAGACCCUGAUGUUUUAUCAACUAUGAGUUCUUUACAGUGCUUUAAAGAUAAAGACAAAUUAAUACAGGAAUUACUAAAUUCAAAACACAAUACAGAAAAAGUAGUCUAUUUUCUCCUCCUAGACAGGAAACUCAGGAAUCCAAGCAUUGAAGAUGAAAUUGAUAUCAAAACCAGAUCUGAAUCAGGGCAUAAAAAUCAUCAAGCUGACCCUCCAAGAAAAAGAAUUGAUGUUGUUCAGUUAAAUGGGCAAAAUGGUCAACCACGAUUAUCCCUAGGAAGUAUUAGUGAAGGCUCACCUACUGCCUCUCGACGAGCUUUAGCUGUUCAAAGAGUUAGAAAAGCGAGCCUGUCAGGUAGUACCAGUAGUUCUCCGGUUACCAGUCCACAAAUGUCUCUCCGUCGUAUUCCCCCACAUAGUCCUUCAGCAACGCCACCUGGUUCACCAAGUAACGUAGCCAAUACACCAUGGAAAUCCAGACUGCAUACGAUCAAAAACAACUUCCUAGGAUCUCCACGGUUUCAUAGACGUAAACUACAAGUGCCUACAGAUGACGUGUCCUUGACGCCUGAGUCAUCACCGGAAAUGACAAAGAAAUCUUGGUUUGGUGCUUUGAUGGGAUCAGACAGAGAAGAAUUCCAUUUUCUAACAGGGCAAGAUAAAACAAUAAGUCAAGUUAAAGCUGACCUCAUUCAUGCAUUCCUAUCUACUUCCGAUUUAAGUCACAGUGUUGUGUCCACGUCAACUUUCAGAGCUGAGUAUCGUAGAACGAGUAAUACAUCUAUGUUUUCUCGUAGUGUACGGUUCCAAGUGGACAUAACUCCAGCUCAUACAACAGGGGUCACUACAGGAACCAUGUAUUGUUUGACCUUUUCACUUAUUUCAGGACCAUCACGUAGAUUUAGAAGAGUUUGUGAACAUUUACAAAAUUUAAUGUUAGGUCCAAGAGGUGACGCUUUAAACCAGAGAAAAGUCAGUACGGAUAGUACGUCUUCUUAUUCAUCAGAAACAGGACUCUCUCCAACACACAGCUGUUCAGCUAGGGAUAAUGGCGAUGAAGAGGUAUUUGAGAAGUUACGAGUUUCUAAAACUCCCACACCAGUCCGAAGAGAAGUACCCCGUGUGAUAACUAAUGGGAAAAAAGUAUUAGUCGAUCAUCAUUAUCGUAAAGAUAAAGUAUGACGAAGAAUAUGCAUAUAUGUGUUGAAGCCAAAAUGAUGGAGUAUAUGGUUGUGUGUAAGACAGGGAUCAUUACGUUAUCAUAUUCAUCCAAAUAUUGUAAACUGGACCAAUCAUAUACUUCGUUUAUUUAUCUUUGCACACUGAUAUUGUCUUCAGUGUUAAGUCAUUUAAAUCUAAAUUACGCAUAGCAUAUUUAAGCUCAUAAGUUCAUAUUUACAGACUCAUAUUAUCUAAAAAUCAGGUUUUGAAAUGGAUAUUUGGUCUCUCCUGUAAUAAAUGUCACAGAAGAUGACAUAUGCAUGUUGAUAUCUAUUGAUAUACAAUUUAAGAUAAAAAAGAGCUGAAUAUGAAAACCACCAUUAUAUUGCAGCAAGCACCCUUAUUGCUGUCUUUAUUAACCAGAUAUAGUGAUAGAAACUUAUUUUCUAAAUCUUAAACCACUAAACUAAUUUCAACCCUAAUUGACUUGAUUGUUCCUAAGGUAUUAAUUUAAAGUUUGUGUUUUAUGCCCCCACCAUCGUUGUCAGACCAGUUUAUAUGGACAGAUUAUUAAAAGUUGUAUCUUGAAGUUGAGAAAAAUUACUAUUAAAAACUACUAUUCAGAAUAACUUAAUAAUUUUACAGGCAUUUCUGUAAAAUGAGUGUGAAUUAAUAAAGAAAUACGUUGCUUUUUUCUGAUAUAUGAAAUUUUCUAACUUAAUGUAAUGUAAUUUAAACUGUUGGAACUUAGUUGGUACAAUUUAAUUGUUAACUUUACUUGUGGGAAUUUAAAGAAUUCACUAUGCUUGAAUAAUCAUUUAUUUUUUCAAUUGAUGAUGUUUGCUCUUGAGUGAAACUUACUAUCACAUUACUUCUCCUUCAGGUUGUGUUUAAUAUUACUGUUAAAACCGUUGCAGGUUAGCUUUGAUUAUUUUAAGCUGACUGUUUUGUUUGUCAUAAUUUAAAAUCAAAUUGCCAUUAGUAUCUAUUUUGACAAAACCUUUGUAAUGUCCUCUUUAUGUUAUAUGGGUAACCAUGAGUUGUGAUAUAUAAUACUGCAUUUUGUUUACUUAUUUACAUUGUAACAUAAAAAUCAUGACUUGUUGAUGACUGCAAGAUGGAGAGAAAAAAUAAUAUUUGUAAAACCUUAAUUACAUAAAACCCGUGAUAAUCAAAUAAAACAGACCAAAGUAGGUCACUAAAGAUCAUAUUUUACAUUUCAUUAAUCAUUUACCAUUUAAUAAAAUGACACCAUUUAAUAUAUUGAAAAUCACACUAAUCAUAGGUUAUGAAUUAUGAUAUUACAGUAAGUGAUUUCUUUUACUUAAAUAAGAGAGCACUGAUGAAGCAAUGUUUUGAAUUGUUCUACUGUAAAUUCAGAAAUUAUUGCGUGCAUUUAUUAUUGCGAUUUUGUCAUUAUAGACUAAUAUGCGAUUUUUAUUUUUGCGAUAUUGAGAAAAAUCCUAUUAAAGUUGUAUACUAAAUUUCAAAAUGUGAGUUUGAAUUAUUGCGAUUUUAACCCUGUCGCAAUUUUGGCAUUAAUAAAAACAUCGCAAUAAUUUCUGAAUUUACAGUUCUUCAAAGAGUGUGAUUGUUUAAUUAGUAUAAUUUAUUGAUGGAAGUAAUAUUUAAUGAUUGGUCUGAUUGAAUACAAAACCUUCAAAUAUAACACCGGUAAGUUAAAUAAUACUUUCUGUUGUGUUCCCUCUGUUUAUAAUAUAAGACAUAAUUAGUUUAAAAAAAGUAUUUUAAAAGAGCCAAUCUUUGUAUGAACCAGGCAUUUUAGAAGAGUUUAGAAGAAUUUCAAAGAGUUUCAAAACAUGGUUUUACUGUCCUAUUUUGAAGUUAAUCUCAUCCUGUGUUAGAAAUGGUAGGUCUUUUAUAUCUGCGUGUCGGGUAAGUCAAGAGGUAUCUAGUGAAAUUUGGUUAAAUGAAGGCAGAUUUAUUUGGAGUUAAUUCCCCUUGUUUGUUAAUUUCUAGUGCAUUUCAACCAAAUUAUAUCUUGUAAUACCAAAACCGGAUAAGAAAACCAAUGUUAUAUUGUGCACCAUUAUACAUUCUGAACUUAAGGUGGUACCUUACACUACAGGGAGAUAACUCUGUAAGAUCAGCAGAACAUUUUGAUGACGUUGUGUGUUUAAGGAAAUAUUAAGCUUCUCAAUGAUCAAAGUUAGUGUCUGUCAAACUGCUAUAUAACCAGUGUAAUUUUUCUGAUUAAACGGUUGGUUAAAUUUUUUUAUUUUUUUAUUAUAUUUUCGUCAAAGGGUCAAAAUUUUAAGAAAAUUAAACAAGCCAAAUUGAUUUUAGUUAAGGUGUUAGGUAACACCUUAAAUAAUGGAAACUUGAGCAGGAUUUUGUUUGUCAUGUUUUCACUACGGCCUGAUACUUAAGCAGAUUGGCAAAGGAGGAUUUGGCUACUGAAAUUGGAAAAAAAUAGAAAACUUAUUCAAUCCUUUCAAAACUAUUUAACUUUUAUUGAUAAUUGAACAGGUUAUAUAAUACAGACUUUUAAGUGCUGAAAGGUCACUUGUGAUAUCACUAUGAUUUCAUAUAAUUUUUUUUUUAUAUGUAACCUAUACUUGACCAUACCUAAUGGCCAAACUAUAUUUGAUAACAGGAUCUUAAAAUGAGUUAAUUUUGGCAGUUUUUGCUGGUUUGCACAUUCAAAAUCCUGACGUGUGUGGAUUUAUAAAAACAUUAAGAAAAAGAACUAAUUACUAUCUUUAAGACAUUCAUACAACAUGUAUUAACAAUAUCCUUAGGGGUAAUGUAUGAUUUUAAAGAAUUUAAUGUAAUCGUAUGUCAAACAUUUCAGAAUUAUAUACAGAUUUUUGUACACCAUUUAUGAUUAUGUAUAAGAAUGUAUUUCUUAGGUCUUUCAUUAAUACUACAAAACUCAGAACACCUGAUUAUUACUCCUAUUAUUUACUUAUGUUAUAGUAGUUAUUGUAUGAGUAUUGGUGAAUAAUAUCCCAAGUAGAUUUUAUAUUGCAUGAGUUCGCAAGUUCAAUUUUACUUCUGCAAGUGGUGUUAUUAUACCUCACAGAUAUAAUAAAUGAUUUGAUUCGGUAAUACAUUAUCACAUCACAUGGAAUAAUUCAUUCAAUUUUGAUUUAAUUACCAGGCAGGAGGAAUAACCUUACAACAUUACACCCAGCCAUGAAUAACCCUUUUGUUUAUUUUGGGAAUAACCUUUUUAGCCUUUUGAUUUGAAUUAUGUUAAAGAUUUCAGGUAAAAAGUCUAUCGAGUGACAAGAAAAAAACUAGAAUAUUAUAACAAACAGUUCUUCUCAGGGCAUCUUUAAUUUUUAGAAAGUCUACCUUUGCCCCUCACCUUUGUGAUAUGAGUAAUUCUAAGACACUACAUAAUUCUCUGGUGGAAGUACUUUAGUAAUAUCUACAGCAAGGCAACACUUAAAUAUGUAUCUUAAGACACACAGCUUUUAGUUCAGUAUUAAAAAAAACACUUGUUGCCCCGUAAAAGUUGUGAAUAUCCAAAUUGUCCAGGGUAAAAGUUAUUUCACUUCAUGGUGCGCCCAGAGAAAUAACAUUUAAGGGUUGACAAUUUUGAAUAUUCACCUUUACUGCCGACCAUAAUUAUAAUUAUAAUAUUCAACAAUAUUCAUGCAAAAAUCCUUUUAUUGUACUGUAAGGCUUGUAUAACUAUUAAAAACCUUCUGAUGCAAAGUAUUAAUGUGUUGUAAAUUCAGAAAUUAUUCCGUGCAUUUAUUAUUGCGAUUUUGUCAUUUUAGACUCAAACACGAUUUUAAUUUUUACGAUUUUGAGAAAAAUCCUGUUAAAUUCAUAUAAAAUAUUUCAAAAUCGCGAGUUUGAAUUAUUGGGUUUACAACUCAGUCGCAUUUUUCGCAAUGAUAAUAACCUUGCAUUAAUUUCUGAAUUUACAGUAUUCUUCUUGAACAAUAUUUUGUCUGAUUUGUUGAAAUUUUACAUUCAUUAAUAACCAUCUGGUAGAAAUGGACAGGUGUUUUGAGUAUUGUAAUAUUACAUUAAACUUUGAUAGCUGAGUCAUUGUAUGCAUUAAGGAUGUAGUGAUAAAUACAUAAAUAAAUACAUUGUAUAAACAA